CUAGCAUGAAAUCAAUGAGAACAAAAAAAAAUCCAAGCGUGAUUCUUUUUCUCUCUCACCUAAAUUUCCAUGACAUCAUCAUCUGUCUCCUCUUCUAAAAUCUCAUAUCUGUAAUCUCCCGGCCUAUCUCUCUGUUUCUCCACAGAUUCAUUGAAAAUGGAGCGGUCUGAGGAUAAACAUGAUCCAGAGAAAGUUCUAAAUGUACCCACUACAGAUGAAGAAAUAAACGAUUCUCCAAUUGAGGAAGUCCGGUUAACUGUAUCGAUAACUGAUAAUCCGAACCUUCCAUGUUUGACAUUCCGAACAUGGGUGUUGGGGAUCACUUGUUGUGCCAUCUUAGCUUUCAUAAACCAGUUCUUCGGUUAUCGACAAAAUGCUCUUUAUGUUUCCUCUGUUUCUGCCCAGAUUCUGGUUCUACCAAUGGGAAAACUCAUGGCUGCAUUUCUCCCCAACAAGUCCUAUCGUUUUCCCGGCACGAAACAGACGUUUUCUCUGAAUCCUGGUCCUUUCAACCUUAAAGAACAUGUUCUCAUCACCAUUUUCGCUAAUUCCGGUUCCAAUUCUGUUUAUGCUGUUAACAUAAUCACAAUUGUCAAAGCUUUUUAUCUCCGGCCAAUUCAUCCGUUAGCUGCCAUGUUGUUAACACAGACCACACAGAUGCUUGGUUAUGGCUGGGCUGGGGUUUUUCGAAAGUUCUUGGUCGAGUCACCUUACAUGUGGUGGCCAUCUAAUCUUGUUCAAGUGUCACUCUUCAGGGCUCUUCAUGAAAAUGAGAUAAGAUCUAAAGGAGGAUUAACAAGGCUUCAAUUCUUCCUUAUAGUUCUAGUCUCAAGUUUCGCAUACUACAUUGUCCCAAACUACUUAUUCCCUUCAAUCACAGCUCUCUCUUUCGUUUGUUGGAUAUGGAAAGAUUCCAUAACCGCCCAACAAAUCGGUUCGGGUCUAAAAGGACUUGGGAUUGGCGCGUUUGCUCUUGAUUGGGCCACAGUCUCUGGUUUCCUUGGAAGCCCUCUCGCCACCCCUGGUUUCGCCAUAAUCAACAUCUUAGUCGGAUAUGUAGCUGUUGUUUAUAUCCUAAUCCCCAUUGCUUAUUGGACAAACAUGUUCCAAGCCAAAACUUUCCCUUUAUUCUCAUCUCAUGUUUUCAACGAUAAAGGAGGAACUUACGAUGUUUCUGUCGUAUUGAACCAGACCACUUUCGAGUUUAAUCAACAAGGCUACGAUGGUUAUAGUCGGAUUAACCUCAGUAUUUUAUUCGCAUUCGCUUAUGGUUUGAGUUUCGCAACUUUGUCCGCCACCAUAUCUCAUGUUCUCCUCUUCCACGGAAGGAGUAUCUGGCAGCAGACAAAAUCGUCGCUUAAAGAUAAAUCGGGGGAUGUUCACACGAGGAUAAUGAGGAAAAACUAUGAUGCUGUUCCUCAGUGGUGGUUUUACACCAUCUUAGUAAUUGUUAUAGGCUUGGCAGUGCUAACAUGCGAAGGUUUUGGAAGGCAAUUACAAUUACCUUAUUGGGGUGUUCUUAUGGCAGUUUCUUUGGCUUUACUUUUCACUCUUCCAAUUGGUGUUAUUACAGCCACCACAAACCAGCAACCUGGAUUAAACGUUAUAACCGAGCUUAUUAUAGGGUAUAUUUAUCCCGGUAAGCCUCUAGCUAAUGUCGCGUUUAAGACAUAUGGUUACAUAAGUAUGUCGCAAGCGAUUAUGUUUCUGUCCGAUUUCAAAUUGGGUCAUUACAUGAAAAUCCCUCCCAAGUCAAUGUUCAUUGUGCAGUUGGUGGGGACCGUUAUCGCGUCUUCGGUUUACUUUGCGACAGCUUGGUGGUUACUAACCUCGGUAAAAUACAUCUGCCAACAAGCGAAUUUACCGGUGGGCAGCCCUUGGACAUGCCCGGGUGACGAUGUUUUUUACAAUGCCUCAAUCAUAUGGGGAGUGGUUGGGCCACGAAGAAUGUUUGGUCCACUUGGGAACUAUUACAAAAUGAAUUAUUUCUUCCUCAUUGGUUUUCUUGCCCCGGUCCCUGUUUGGAUCCUAUCAAGAAUGUUCCCAAGGCAGAAAUGGAUCCCUUUGAUAAACAUGCCUAUAAUAUUUGCUGGGGCUGGUGGGAUGCCUCCGGCUAGGUCUGUGAACUACAAUUGUUGGCUGGCGGUUGGGAUAUUUUUCAACUUAGUGAUUUAUAGGAAGUUCAAAGGGUGGUGGGCUAGGCAUAAUUAUGUUUUAUCGGCUGGACUUGAUGCUGGAGUCGCGUUUAUGGGGAUUUUGACAUAUUUUACUCUACAAUUUAAGGAUAUUGAUGGGGUUCAAUGGUGGGGACUAGAAGUGGAUGAUCAUUGUGCUUUGGCUAAAUGCCCUACAGCUCCUGGUAUUGAAGUUAAAAAUUGCCCUGUUUUCAAAUAAUCAAAUGAAAGAAUAUAACUAAAGUUUAAAAUAUGUUUUUAUUUUAUGCAGUCUCUACUUGUUUAUAAAUAGUGAAGUGAUACAUGUGGUUUUGUGUAAUAUUGAUACAUCUUAGCCUUUGAAAUGAAAUUACAGUUAUAA